GUGAAGUAUAAACGCUCGCCGAGUCAUAGUGCGGUGCUUAUCAUGUGUUCUCAUGGCGGCGGAAACAUCCCUUUCGCUGACGUAAACCCUGCGGUCGCGGACGUGCACGUGAAGGGCGAUUGCAGGGGUCCGCGCUACGGUACUGUUAUCGAUAACGUUGAAUUUUGUAAAGUUGUAGAGUCCGUCAUUGGCGCAUGCGACAUCAGCAACAACUUUCGCAAUGCCUACAGAACUAGAAGAGCUCGUCGAGUUCCUCCACCACGGCAACACGCAGAUUCGACAGGCUGCCGCCGAGCACCUUGUCGGAUACUCGCAAGCUGAUGUGCCCCUCUUCAAGCGCAACCAGCUCGAGCCGGUGAAGGAUCUCAAGCUGCUGGCUAAGGACUAUGCGCCGAUUGCGAAGAAUGCCCUCACCAUCCUCAUCAAUAUCUCGGCCGACGUCGAGGUCCUGAAGAACAUCGCCAAGGACGACAAGUUCCUUGAGCUGCUACUGUCGCGGAUCACAAACAAAAAGGAGCCCAAUGCGAAUGAGAUGGCCAUGCUCCUCGCCAACAUGGCAAAGGAUGACUCGCUGCAGCGCGUGCUCGAGCUCAAGCGCGACGUGCCCAAGGAGCUGUCGAGCUCAAAAUGGGCCAUGGACCAGCUGAUGGACUGCUUCGUCAAGGGCGCCGAGGGCGCAUACAACGCCAAAGCCGACUUCGACUACCUCUCGUACUUCUUCGCCGACCUGGCUAAGUUCGAAAAGGGCCGCGAGUACCUGACCACCCCGCAGGAGCACGACAGCAACAUCAUCCCCAUCGCCAAGAUUCAGGUCUUCACUGACCACAAGAGCCACAUCCGCCGUCUGGGCGUAGCCUCCACGAUCAAGAACGCUGCCUUCCGCGUCCCCGCCCAUCCCGUCCUCUUGUCCAACCUGCCCGAAGACCCGACGCUGCCCGCGCCCGGCAUCGGCGCGAACUUGCUCCCUUACAUCCUGCUGCCGCUGAUGGGGCCGGAGGAGUACUCGGAUGACGACACCGAGGGCAUGCUGGACGAGCUGCAGCUGCUGGAGCCCGACAAGGAGCGCGAGUCGGACCCGGAGAUUGUCAAGUCGCAUCUCGAGACGCUGCUGCUUCUGACCACGACGCCCGAGGGGAGAGCGGUGCUGCGCAAGGUCAAGGUGUAUCCGAUUGUGCGCGAGUGCCAUUUGCAUACUGAGAAUGAGGACGUCAGGGACGCAUGUGAUCGCCUCGUGCAGAUCCUGAUGCGCAACGAGGAGGGCGAAGAGGAGGAUAUUCCUGAUAUGAGUGCGGCCGCCGGCGGGAGUGGGAAGAUGAUCGAGCUGGGUCCUGAGGAUGACGAGGAGGACCAGCUGGUUGAAAUCCUGUAGAGGAACGCACUCAAGAAGAACUUGAAUGCACCAUCUAUGAAUCGCUGACCCGAAAUACGCCGUGUACAACGCACGCUAUGCUUUUACUGCUCGAACGACACCCUCUUGACUACUCUUCUCACUCCCAUCCCCAUGCAGUGGCCUAUCGUUCCCCUCCUGCGCAGCAACUUCCUCCAGCCCUUUCUCGACCGCGCCCACCUCAUCGCCCUCCUCUCGUGCUCCCAAAUGCCGCGUCUCACUCGUCUUCCCAUCCGCACUAUCCUUAUUCUUCUUAUUCAGACUCCACCCGCCC